ACUCCAUCCAAACAAUAGAACUUGGCUACUGCACUGCUUGAGCGAGGGCUGUUAUUUUGCAUUCAUGUUUUACUUUUACUGAUUAUUUCUUUUACAAGGGCUGUCAGUGGGCAUGCUGUGCUUUUCCCGAAAACUCAUGAUUAAAUUAUUUUCUGGCCUUUCUACAUCUAUUUCUGUGCGCAGCAGUCGAUUAGGUUGCUUAGGAUCGCAUGUAUUGAGUUGUCAUAAGUCAUCAUCUAAACCUAGAAUCGAUCCUAUCAUCAUGAAGUUGGACAGUCCAGAGUUUAAGGCUCUGUUUACACCAGAGCUGAAAUCUCUGGUUAGUAUGUUUGAGAAGUACAACUAUGAAAUACGUAUUGCUGGUGGCGCAGUAAGAGAUUUGCUGAUGGGCAAGGCACCCAAGGACCUCGACUUUGCAACUGUAGCCACUCCAGAUCAGAUGAGAGAAAUGUUUACAAAAGAAGAGGUACGCAUGAUCAACCAGAGAGGUGAAAGUCAUGGUACUAUAACUCCUCGAAUAAAUGACAAGGAAAAUUUUGAAGUAACAACUCUACGGAUAGAUGUUGAAACUGAUGGCAGGCAUGCGAAGGUCGUGUUUACAGAGGACUGGCUCCUUGAUGCUAAUCGCCGUGACCUUACCAUCAAUUCUAUGUUUCUAGGGUUGGAUGGCACUGUGUAUGACUAUUUUAAUGGUUAUGAAGAUCUUAUGAAUAAAAGAGUUUUAUUUGUUGGAAAUGCGGAGGACAGGAUUAGGGAAGACUAUCUGAGGAUACUUCGGUACUUUAGAUUUUUUGGACGGAUAGCAAGUGACCCACAUGAUUAUGAUGCGGAAACCAUUAAUGUAAUAAGUUCUAAUCUUGAAGGGUUAAAUAAAAUAGCAGGAGAAAGGAUCUGGAGUGAGCUUCGACUCAUUAUUUCUGGAAACUCAGGCCCUCUUAUAUUGUGCAAGAUGUUAGAAAUUGGCAUAGCCCCUUACAUAGGUCUCCCCAAAGAACACAAUAUGGAUGAAUUACAUUAUGUAAUAGAUAGAACAAAAGACUUCCAGUUGAACCCUGUCUCUUAUUUGGCAGCAGUUUUGAAUAAUAUGUCUGAGGCAAUAACUCUCAAUUCCCGUCUGAAAUUGUCUGUUUUUGAAAGAGAAUUAGCGUACUUUAUUGUAGCUAAUAGAGGGGAAGAAUUGAGUGAGAAGCCAUUGUUACCAUUUCAAAAGCUGAUGCUGCACACUAAGUUCAAACUGUCUGAUGUUCAACAAUGGUGCGUUGAAACUCUAAGAUAUAAUGGCCGACAUAAGUUGGCUGAGGAAAUGAAGGAAUGGACCAUGCCAAGGCUGCCUGUUACGGGGAAUGAUUUAAAGGACCAUGUCACUCAAACUAAAAAAAUGGCACUGGUUGUGAGAAAAUUGAAAGAUUACUGGGCAGAUAAUGAUUAUAAGCCUGGAACUGAAGAACUUAUUUCAAUUGUGCCUAAAAUUUUAGAAGAGGCUAAUGAUGAUGAAAAUAGGAUUGCAAAGAAGAAAAAAGUAUCUUAAUUCAUACUUCAGAGUUAAGGCACAUCUGUGCAUAUGAUUCUCUUCAUUGAUAUAAAAAUAAAAUUUGUAUGUACAAGU